GUGAUCACAUGUUAAUCUGAAAUAAAACAUUUGCUGAUUGGUUGAAAUUGCAAACCCUACCAACCAAUUACAGAGCAGGUUUCAAACCUCAAUUACUUAGUUGUAAAAUCUCUAAUAUCUUUAUCUAUUUUUGUUGAAUUGUCAACUUUCCGAAAGUACCAUGGCUGAUAAUGAAAAUGAGAAUGAACUUCUUGAUUAUGAAGAGGAGGAUAAUGAAACCACUGCUGAUGGAACUGCCGAUGGACAAACAAAAAAAGACGUUAAAGGAACUUAUGUGUCAAUUCACAGUUCUGGUUUCCGAGAUUUCCUUUUAAAACCUGAAUUACUUCGGGCCAUUGUUGAUUGUGGUUUUGAACAUCCUUCUGAAGUUCAACAUGAAUGUAUACCUCAAGCUAUUUUGUCCAUGGAUGUGUUGUGUCAAGCAAAGUCUGGUAUGGGUAAAACUGCAGUAUUUGUGCUGGCUACACUUCAGCAACUUGAACCUGUGGAUGGCCAGGUGUCUGUGCUUGUUCUAGCACACACUCGAGAGCUUGCAUUUCAAAUUAGUAAAGAAUAUGAAAGAUUUAGUAAAUACAUGAAUAAUGUGAAAAUUGCUGUCUUUUUUGGUGGUUUACCCAUUAAAAAAGAUGAAGAGGUCUUGAAAAAGAAUUGUCCCCAUAUCGUUGUUGGCACUCCUGGACGUAUCCUAGCAUUGGCAAAGACCAAAACAUUGGUUUUAAAGCAUGUGAAACAUUUUAUACUUGAUGAAUGUGACAAGAUGUUGAAUGAAUUAGAUAUGCGAAGAGAUGUGCAAGAAAUCUUCCGUAUGACUCCACAUGAGAAGCAGGUCAUGAUGUUCAGUGCAACACUGAGCAAAGAGAUUCGUCCAGUUUGCAAGAAAUUUAUGCAAGAUCCAAUGGAAGUUUAUGUCGAUGAUGAUUCUAAACUUACUUUACAUGGAUUGCAACAACAUUAUGUUAAACUGAAAGACAAUGAAAAGAAUCGUAAAUUGUUUGAGCUGCUGGAUGUUCUUGAAUUUAACCAGGUGAUAAUAUUUGUCAAGUCUGUACAGCGCUGCAUGGCUUUGGCUCAGCUACUUGUUGAACAAAACUUCCCUGCCAUAGCAAUUCAUAGGGCUAUGACUCAAGAAGAAAGAUUAUCGCGUUAUCAACAGUUUAAAGACUUCCAGAAAAGGAUUUUAGUGGCAACUAAUCUUUUUGGUCGUGGAAUGGAUAUUGAAAGAGUGAAUAUUGUUUUCAACUAUGAUAUGCCUGAUGAUUCGGAUACUUAUUUACAUAGAGUUGCCCGUGCUGGUAGAUUUGGAACAAAAGGUUUGGCUAUUACAUUUGUCUCAGAUGAAAAUGAUGCCAAAGUUUUAAAUGAUGUUCAAGACAGAUUUGAAGUCAAUAUCACAGAACUUCCUGAUGAAAUAGACAUAUCUUCAUACAUUGAAGGCAGAUAAAUAACAACCAGAUUCUGAAGCUGUGUGGAUGAAGUGUGCAUGUCUGUGAGAUAAUCAUUUUAAAAUUACAUGGGAAUAACCAUAAACAUCCUUCAUUUUUAAAUGUAUCAAUUCCUAUGUAUUAUAACAUUAAACUUUUUAUUUUGUUCAUUUUUCAAUUUAAUUGUACAAUUCUAUUUGGAUUCAAAAUGAUCCUUUUGUCUUUGCAUUCAGAUUAUCACCACCAUGGUUUAUUUUCCUUGUAAAUCAUGCUUCCUGUUGGUAAUUUUAAUAAAACAAUCUCAGGCUAGCAUUUUAAAUUUUUAGAAGUAUUUUUUUAAAAGUUUAAAAGCAGUAGCUAUUUUAUUGUUUUCCAUUUUCUCAUUUAAAAAGUUAUUAUUCAGAUAAUUUUUAUAAAUUGAUAGUUUUUUCCCCCCUGCACAUCCCAUCAGAUUGGGAUGGUAAAACUAACUUUUGUUUUUAUCAUCUCAUUUUUUUUGCUAAAGUUCUGGAGAAUUUUUCAUGGUGAGGUUAAUCUGGAUGCUGUUUUUAAUAAAAUAAAAAUAUUCAGCUUGAAA